UGACUGGCCACGGUGCCUGUUCUUAAUAGCAGCCCAGUCGAGGGCAGUGCGACCGCUCAUACUUAUCCUGUCUCUGCUCUGUGGUCUCUGGCACGCGUGCGUUAUCUGAUCUGGCCCAUCCAACCUUCCAGGCUUGUCUUAAGCUCGAGCUCGAGCUCGAGCUCGUGCUCCACCUCCCCGCCUGCUCGCUGCGAUUGGCGUCUCAUCGUUCCCCGGAUCCCACCUAUACGCAUCGUGCGCCGUCCCCGCCAUGUCCUUCAUCUCCUCAAGCUCGAGCUCGGGCAGACGAGACCACCGCAGGACACGCUCGGCCACCGUCUUCCCAUCCCAGCCCUCCUCGUCCUCCUCGCGCGCCCAUUAUCACACCCGGCCCCGCCUCUCAGAGUCGGACGUGCCGUGGCGCGUGCCCCCGCCCCGCCCGAUACCCGAGCUUGACCAGUAUAGCCCCACCCGACUGCCCGCUGCCCUCCCCGGUGUUCAUCCCGCUCCUGCGCGACCCAAUACCGCUUCCGCUGCCGGCGACAACGGUACAGAUCCUCUAUGGGACGUUCCUCUAUUCGAAAACCGGCAGCAGGCCGAGACACCGCAACAACACGGUCGGCGCCGAGAGCCGGGCGGGCGUGAGCCUUCGCCGGGCGUCGUAGGACAGAUCAUGGUCUCAUUGGGGUACGCAGGUGCGGACUCGCAAGCGCGGAGAGCGCUCGUGUCGCUCGUGUGCGCAGAGCUGUGGUGGCUCGUACAGUUUGUCGCUGUGAUCGCCUUAUUGGCGGUCUCUGCACGAAGCAGGAGUCCUACGAAGCCCGGGCUGACGGAAUGGUCUGCGUGCGAUAGGCCGCUGGGAGCGUGGAACGCGCUAUGGCUCGCCAAGGUCGUGAUGAGUGCCUCGCUGUCGUACUGGGGCUGGCGACGGACGCAGGCCCAUAGAAUGCGUACCCAGCGGGGUCCGGCACGGCGAGACAGCAGCGACAGCGAACUCGCGACCCAACGCGUCCUCAACGGACGGCCGCACUACGGUGCGAACGCGGGACAGGGGACGGGCCCGCGCCGCGCGCAGACGGGGCUGUCGUACGAGGGCACGAGCGGUGCGAACGGGGCGAGCACCCCAGAGCCCCCCAAGUCCCCCGCACACUCCCGCCUGACGCUGCUGACGUCGUUCCUGACGCUCGCGUGGUUCCUGACCGCGCACGUCCUCGAGUACACCUCCGUGAACAGCUGCCGCCUCUCGUCGCCGCACCUCUGGUGGCUCACGUUCGCCCUCCUGUGCACGCUGUACCUGAUGGUGCUCGAGAUCUUCCUCCUCGGCCUGCUCGUCUUCGUCCUCGGGCCCGUCCUCUACAUCAUGUACAACAUCCUCCUCCUGUGCCUCGGCCGGCACCCGCUGCAGAACCCGCACUACAUCAAGCCGGACAUCACGAAGCUCCCCAAGGCGGUCGUCGACCAGAUCCCGCUCGUGCUCUACAUCCCGCCUCCCCCCGGAGAGCCCGCCGACUCCACGCCGUCCGUUCCCGUGUCGGUCACGGUCCCCGCGCCCGCGCACGGCUACCCCCCGAAGAGCCCCACGCCGUCCGCUGGCAGCGGGGCGGCAGCAGCGCCGAGGCGGCGCUUCAUGUUCCUCCGGCGCAAGGACGCGAAGGGUAAGAGGAAGCCUUCGCGCGCCGGCCCCGCGAGCGCCAAGUCCAGCCCGGAGAAAGAGAAGGCGGAGAAGGACGUCGAGGGCGCCGCGGAGGACGAGGACGACGAGGACGUGCCGUGGGACGAGACGUGGGAGAAGGGCGAGUACCCGUUCGUGCGCCUCGAGGGGAACCGCGCGGUGUGCGCGAUCUGCCUGAUGGACUUCGAGGAGCCGAGAAGGGUGCGCGGGGCGAAGGGCUUGCGGUCGGACGCUGGGACGCGCGCUGCUGAUGCGAACGCGAACGCGAACGCGGAGUCCGGGUCAUCUGAGCCGCAUAGGCGCGGGCCUGGGGCCGGGGCGAGCGCGGGCCAGGAGGGAAAGAGCGAGGGUAAGGACGAAGAGGGCGGGGGAGAGGCGACGCAGGAGAUACAGGUGGAGGCGGUCACGGAGGAGGAGCGGGACGCGCUGAAGUUGGGCGACGGGGCUGGCGGGGAAGGCGAGGAGGGCGACGGCGAGGGGCCGCAGCCGCUGAGGCUGCUGUCGUGCGGGCAUGUCUUCCACAAAACGUGCUUGGACCCCUGGCUGACGGACGUCUCCGGGCGGUGCCCGAUCUGCCAGCGGCCGGUAGAAGUGCCCCAGCCGACGAAGAAGGGGAAGGGAAGGCGGAGGGGUUGAGGCGCCGCCGCCGGUGUACGAUAGAUUCAGUCCUUUCUCCCCGCGUUAUGCUUGCUGUCCCCCCGCUCCGUACCCAGGAUCGUGAUUCUUCAUCGCUGUGACAUCGUUGUAUCUGCACCCCUCACCGUCUGCUACUGUAUGAUGUAUCAUCUUCCUAGCCUGCCGUCGAUCCGUACACAUGAUUUCCAUAACGUCUUCGCGCUAAAGCCUUGUAAAGUAUUGCGUCACGUGGAUGCAAUGUAUCAUAUAGAGCGUCAGCC